CCUCCGUCUCACCUUCCGCCCCGCCCUCCAUCGUCUUUGGAAUCGCUUUCGGUGCUAUUUACAGUCGCUAUUAUAUGUGUCCAAUGCGAUAAUUACUCUCACUUCAUGCUCCGCCCGGUGGUUCAAGGAGCUCGGUGGUAUCAGCAUGUGGCCCGCUCCAGCAAGACGAUUUCGCCUCUUCCCCUCGCACGGGCAUUCUCCGUCGUAGCGCCACGCUCGAUUAACUAUGGUGGACCGAAUGACAAAAUCAAAUUUUACGAGCAGGAUACUACGGGAAGCAAGAAAAGGCGGAGGGUUGAUCCUGAAGCCGAUGAUCGCACCGACCAGGAGGAUGUUGAGCGCGAGCUUUCGAAGCUAGAUCAGGAAUUACAGCUUUUGAAGGAGGGACCCUAUGGACCCAACAGUCCUUUCAUAAGAAGUCUGCCGGAGAAGGAAAGGGCGAUUGCACUGGAAGCUCUCCGGAAACAUGAAGCCGAACAUGGCAAAGAUGAGCCUACAGUUGAACUAGAUGAGAUUUUUGAUGAGGAGCUGGAUGACAUGCUCAAGGAGGAAUUUGAAGGCCUUGCAAUGGAAGAAGAAGGUUGGCAGACUGGAAAGAAUGAUCAAGGCCCACUCGAGCACGCCGUACGAGAGCCUUAUGAGGUCACACUCGGGGAUUCAGAGCCCAAUCCUUACGUCGACAAAUUUAACAUUUGCCUAAAGCGAUUUGCGAAUGAUAACUCCAACGAGCCGGCAAGGAAUGACUUGUGGAAAUGGUAUCGCCGCUGCAAGCAAAGCAUCCCCCAAUUUCUAACCUCGAUUCCUGAUGAGGCUAUGGAUCUCCUCUGGGCCUCCCAGGAGAAAGGGGUCUCGACAGCAACAGGCGCAGCUCAUGUACAAAUCCUUGCGGAGGAUGCUAUAUCCACUGGUCAGCCGCUUUCAACGUCGAAAAUUCUCUCCUUUAUCCAAUCCUUGCAGCGAUCGGGUAAGACCAAGGAAGCGCUAGAUCAAUGGGAGACGCAUCAGGCAGGACUCUCCCAGCGGAAAGAAGACUUAGAAGAGUACUGGAGACUCGGGGUACAGAUUUUUGCUGCGGAAGAUGAUCCCCAGCGAGCUCAAGAUAUUGCACUGGCGUUUUUGGCAAAUGAUAAAUCCCGACAGCCCCGGAUACUUAUUCCCGUUAUCACUGCCUGGGGUAGACAGCCCGGGAAAGAGGCAGAAGUGAAGGCAUGGGCCCUCUACUUACAGCUGAAAUCUUUACAUGAAAAUGAGAUGACCAUGGACGAUUACGACCAAGUCAGUAUUGGCCUUCUCAAGGCAGGAAAACUUAACCUCGCUAUUGCUGUGUUUAAAGACAUGAUGAUAACCGGUCAAGAUCCGGCCAACGACUCAACGGCUCUUUACAAGGCUGCUGUCGGGCUGGUCGGGAACCUGCAGGCAUCUAGCGUAUCCGAACAGGAAGUUAACAAGGUCUCGCUUUCGACUCUGACGGUUCUCCCUCGACGAUUUCAGAAUAGGUUCUUCUAUGCCAGCUGGAUGAAAAAGCUUAUCGGAAUGGGUGAAAUUGAUUCCGCUGCCAUGGUCAUUGAGCUGAUGUACGAGCGAGGUGUGAACCCAGACCCGAAACAUCUCAAUGGUUUAAUCGCUGGUUGGCUUCGAGUAGGGAGCACAUCUUCCCGAGAAAAGGCUGAACGUUUGGGAUGGGCGAUGAUCACACAGCGAAUUGACCGGGUCGUAAUGCAAACUCAGCCACAAGGAAUGCCUUCUACAUUGCUUGAGAGCCAAGACACAGCUCGUACUCGGAUACCCAAAUUCAUGCAACGACCAAUGCCACCUGCAAAUAUCGAGACCUUUUCAAUUCUACUGCUUCACUUUACACGUAGAAGCGAAGAAGACAAAAUUGAACACCUGGUCAAGAGCCUCGAAGGUGCGCGCAUACAACCAAACUCCUACUUCAUGAAUCACCUCCUUUACGCGGAGCUACGCAAACAGAACAUCAACGCCUUAUGGUCCAAGUUCAGAGCCAUGUCUGUUUCCGUCCAGCCCGACCUGGAGACAUUUGCCUGUCUCUGGGAUUGCGGAAAACUCCAGUAUGACCGUAGCCGCACGGCAUUCCUUGCAGACUUCCCCCCUGUUCGUGAUCUGUACGCGGAGAUGAUGCGCUGGUACUCCCAACUUUCAUCACGAGGGAAAGCCACCGCCCGGGAGGAGUUUUCGAAGGAUCUCUACGACCAAAUUAUCCGGUGCUUCUGCCUGUCCAAAGAUCUACCAGGGACCCUAGUGGCACUCUCGUCGAUGAGAACCACCUUUGGAUUCUCCCCUGAUGAGGCCACCGCCCGCUUAAUCAUCCUACAGGUCGCGCGUCUCGCCGGAGUUCCCGCAGACACUCCCAAACGCCGUCUUCGCCGUCUUUCAUCUACUCCAAAGAGCAAAGAGAACAUCUCCCAGAUCCAACGCCUAGUCGAACUUCUCAGUGAACAAAAGGCAGCUACCCUCCAAGCCCGUGGUCUCCAUCUCGAAAGCCUGGAUUCUCAAGAGAAACAGGCCUAUCAAUUGGAAAUCAUGACUGAUCUCCUACGAAUAGUCAUGGGCCGGGCAUCUACUACCAAUGCCAACCAGGUAGAAGAUCGACUUCUCUCUGUCGCUGGAGAAAUGGGCGUACCCGGAAUUGAUCUUGGACCUCCUCUAGGCGAUGAUAACGAUGCUAGUCUUCUGGGCUGAGCUCUUUUCUGCACUUCUGUGGACCCUACCCCUACAACCCCAUCCCCGGUUAAUAUAUUGAGGUCCAUAUAUUUUGUAAAAAAAAAAAAAAAAAAAACCUACGGGCGUUUUUUGGGAGGGG